AUGCCCGAGAGCCCGUAUGAUGACGAGCGCGACGACGAAGAGCCCCUCUUUGCCAGCAACAGCCCCCCGCCAAUAAAUGCCCCCCUCGAUCCACCAGACGACGACGACGACGCUUCCAUUCCCUUGAUGUAUCUCCACCCCGGCCCAGACGACAAGGACGACCCUUCGCUCCAGCCCCUCAUGGCCGAUGUCGACUACAAGAGCGCGGGCGGCAUACAGCCCACCCCCGGCGCCGGCCGCCCCAGCGACGAUGACGAAGCCGACGCGGGCGCCGCGCGUGCCGCCUCGCUGACCGAGGCGCUGCACGCCGAGGGCUUCUCGCUGUUCGAGAAGAAGUGCGUGCUGAUCAACCGGGAGAUCGACGCCAUGGGCAUGGGCAGGUACCAGUGGUACGUCUGGAGCCUGUGCGGCUUUGGCUAUUUCCUGGACCUGCUGUGGGCCAUGGCGUUCGGGCUGGUGCUCGGCCCCGUGCAGCAGGAGUUUGGGUUUGGAAACGACCAAUCGGGCAACAUCUCGACGUCUUUUUCUGCUGGGCUGACUGCAGGCGCGUUUGUAUGGGGUGUUUUGGCGGAUAUCGUCGGUCGGCAAUGGGCAUUCAACCUUACAGUCCUGAUAGCUUCAAUUUUCGGCAUCUGCCUGGGGGCGCCGAGCUCAUACAGCCCUUUUCUGGUCCUCACGGCCUUUACCGGAUUCGGUAUUGGCGGAAAUAUCCCCAUAGACACUACCAUCACGCUAGAGUUCCUUCCCCAGAACAAACGCUUCCUCUUGGCCUUGCUUUCAAUAUUCCAGCCUCUAGGAGUGCUCAUCUGCUCGGCGCUCGCGUACGCCUAUAUUCCGAAGCACUCGUGCACUCCCAACUUUGCCGAUCCUGAUCCGCUGCCAUCAUGCCGGAACUCCGCUCCCGGCGUCGAAUGCUGCUCCAAAUCAAACAACAUGGGAUGGAGGUAUCUGAUGUUCACGCUUGGGGCCAUGACAAUUUCGCUGUUCUUCAUCCGCACUGUUGUCUUCAGGAUGAAAGAGUCGCCCAAGUUUCUUGUGUACAGGGGGCAAGAUGAGAAGGCUGUGGAAGUUAUCCGUCACAUCGCCAAGGUCAACGGGCAGGAGUCGAAGUUGAGGCUCGAGUCAUUCGAGAUGCUGGAAAGCGAGCAUGAUCAGCACUCGGGAACAAGUGCGCUUGGAGGUGGCAAGUCCCAAAGGGAUCUAUCGCUGGGCAAGAAGGUGGGCCUGGAGUUUCAACGGUACAAGCUGCUGUUUAGCAGCCGGGAGAUGACGCGCUUGACCAUCUUGGUAUGGCUGACGUACAUAAUGGACUACUGGGGCUUCACCGUGGCCGGCACCUACCUCCCCAAAAUCAUCGCCGUGAAGAACGGCUCGCUCAACCUCUCGCUCGACUUCACUUACCGCUCCUACCUGCUCAUCUACUUCCCGGGCAUCUUCGGCGUGGCGCUCGGAGCGCUGCUCUACAACGUGCCGCACGUGGGGCGCAAGUGGACGAUGGCGUUGUCGGCGGGGCUGAUGGGCGCCUCCAUCUUCAUCUUCGCGUCGGUCAACUCCGAGGCCUCCAACAUCGGCCUCAACGCCAUGGAGUACUUCUUCCAGAGCAUGUUCAACGCCGUCCUGUACGGCUGGACCCCGGAGGCCUUCCCCGCACCCGUCAGGGGCACCGCCUGCGGCGUCGCCAGCUUCUGGGGCCGCUUGUUCAGCAUCGUGAGUCCGCUGAUUGCGCAGAGCUUGUACGCAAAGGGCGCGAGCGGCGGCGGCGAUAUUAAUGCCGUGUUGUAUCUGGCCGGCGGCGUGACACUUGGGUGCGUUAUUUCGGUUGCGUUGCUACCGAACAGGAGGUUGGGGACGCAGAGCAUGUAA